AUGAAUAGUUACUGACAACAAAAUUUUCUUAAAAAGAAUGUUUGGCAGAUGAUAAGCAUGAUUGUACGCCAGAACUUAAAAUUAUGGAAAUUGUAAAGCAAAUAUGUGUGCUUUUUAUUAUUAUGCCUGCUUUUUUUGCUGACCCUUUUAAUGUAACAGUAACAAGAAGUAGAGAAAGAAAAAAUAACGCAGAUAUUCUUAAGGUUAAUAACGAAACCGUCUGCGGAAUUUUAAACGCUUCAUGGAGGAAGAAUGAAUGUGUUUGUCCCAAAGAGAGGACAACUUUUCACUUAGUGGAUGGUAAUUACAGAUGUUUUAAAAAGGACGAAAUUGUCACAGACUGCAGCACUACCAGUCAAAUAACGUUCCUAAGCAAAAUUAGCGAAAGUGAUACUUCUUGGAAAUCAGCUGCUACAGAUGCCCCAAAUCUAUUGGGACGGAAAAAAGGGACUUAUCCUUGCAACAGGUCUGCUAUAUGGUUAGACAAUUUGGAAUCUAACAGUUUACAAGUUAGGAUCGAAUAUGAGAUUACUCCCAAAGAAAAGAUUAAAUUCAACAUUUACGUGUUCAAAUACAACGACAUAAAAUAUAUGUCUCGUUUCAAUGACAUCAAAGGAUCAGUUAUAAAAUUGGUCUCCUUAUGUAAUGGAGUUGAUAUUUGUGUUCUUCUGAAAGCUAAAGGCCAACACACAUACCUCAUUCCUCGAAAGACAUCAACAUUGCCAAGAAGGACAAUGCCACCACAAACAAAAACAAAGUCGAAAGAAACAACGUCGAAAAAAACAUCGUCGGAAACAACAACGUCGGAAAGAACAUCGUCACAAACAACAACGUCGGAAAGAACACCGUCACAAACAACAACCUCAGAAAAUACAACGUCGGAAAGAACUACACCGCGUGGAGUAUUUACGAAUAGCUUGGAAGCAAAUGAGACUUCAAAAACAGAAACAAAUAUAAUCAUUGGUGUUGUUUGCAGCAUAGUCAUUUUUCUGAUACUAAUGAUAACUUUUAUUUUUAUUAGAUUGAAGCACCAAAGAGAAAAAAAGCCUCCGACUGCUGCGAUGUACGCAACCUAUGAGGAUGUGAAUCCAUCUGUAAACACGGCAUAUGAAAAUCCUGACUCAGAAUACGCAUAUUGUGAAGAUGUAUCAAUACGCAAUCUUGCUUCUGUUCUUGAUGCAGCUAAGGACAAUGAAAAUACAUACAAGUGCUUAGAGUCAGAAAAAAACCUAGGCGGAGAAUAUGCGCAAUUAUCACUUCCGGAAACUGCGGUAACAGGCUUAAGCGACCCUGCAAAUGAACCGGUAUAUUUGGAAACCGAGCCAGAUUACGCAACGACUUAUCCAGUAUGUUUUGAAGCUCAACCAAUUUAUGUAGAAACUGAGCCAGAAUACGCAACAACAGAAGCACAGUAUGAUGUCGUGAAAAGAUAAGAAUAAAAAAAUAUGUUUCAUACCGAAAUGUGCAUCUAUUUAAGGAGUAACCAAAAGAUGUUAUUGUAAAAGAAAAAAUAAUUAUAAAAACUAUUUGUUGUAAUGCUUUUUAAAGUAAUUCUUGCAAUCUGUGUGCAAAUUUAUGCCUUUAGGGACACAUUGUAAUAAAUAAAAACUUGUAAUUAAUUAAAAACAGGGUAGCUAGCUACUUCUUGAAUAAAAAUUGUGUUUUGCAAACUGAUGAUUCUUUGUUAGAUCUAAAAUCCAGUUCUUGGAAAAAUUUAAAUUUUUAUGGCGGUAUGGAGUACACAUGCUAUGAGAGAAAAACAAAGGAGGACCAAAGAGAGUGGGAGAAUAAUAUUUUUGCGGUGCGAAAGUACUUUUGUCUUUCGAAAAAAUCUUAUGUGAAAUAAGAGCUCAAAAAUUAAUAAGAGAUGA